ACCCAAAAAAAAAUUGAAACUAAAAAAUCCCCUUAUUUGUUUCUCUCUCUUCAUUUUUUUUCUCAAGCUCAUCUCUUCAUCUUUGUUCUCUCAGUCACCACUUUCUCUCUCUUCUGCUCUUACUACUGACUGCCCAGGUCUAUUUCUGGUCGGGUGCUAGCUUAUUUACCUCUACUUAUUUCUUCACUUGUCUUCUUAUUCUGAUAAUACUGUUAUUAUUACCUACUUAAAUCCAUUAAAAUAAAAAAAACAAAAGGAAAUAGAUUGAUGGGUUUUGUUUCAUCAUGUCUUGAAACUUGUGCUAUUAUGGUAUUGACACCCUUUUAAGUUUUAAGGUUUGGUAAUUAAAAAGCUUCUAUUUUUGGUAAAUAAUAUAGGAAGACGUAAAUAAAGUUUGUAUCUUUAUAUUGUUUUAAUAUUGCAUAUAGUUAGUUCUUGAAUUUGAUGAGAAGGGUACCUAUGAAAAUGGUAAAGGAGUGAUUUUGAAGGUGUAAAUUUAAGUGGGUUUAUUUUAGUUUUGAGAAAUGUGGGGCUUAUAACCCUCUUUUGGGGGAUUUUUUUUUUUUUACCAUUUUUGGUUGUAAUUGAAGUGUUGGAACUAAUGAAGGAAUGGAAUGUGGUAAUUAGUAGGAAAAGAUUGUUUAUGGGUAGUAAGGGUUUUCAAUUAUUAGUGGGUAUGUUCAAGUGGGAGAUUAUCAAGUUUUAUAUUAGUAAGGAUUGUUUAAGUUAGCUCUUACCCAGAAUAGUAUUAAGUGGGAUAUGAAGCUUUCAACAUCAGGAUUGGGUCAGCCUGGUAAUGAAGGGGGUGAAAAGAAGUGUCUUAAUUCAGAGCUAUGGCAUGCUUGUGCUGGUCCUCUUGUGUGCCUACCGACUGCUGGAAGUCGCGUUGUUUACUUCCCUCAGGGUCAUAGUGAGCAGGUUGCUGCCACUACUAAUAGAGAUGUUGAUGGCCAGAUACCUAAUUACCCGAGCUUGCCUCCACAGUUGAUUUGCCAACUUCACAAUGUCACAAUGCACGCUGAUGUUGAGACAGAUGAGGUCUAUGCCCAAAUGACUUUGCAGCCGUUGAGUCCGCAAGAGCAAAAGGACGUAUAUCUUCCCGCAGAUUUCGGGAUCCCUAGCAGGCAGCCCACCAAUUACUUUUGCAAAACAUUGACGGCUAGUGACACAAGUACUCACGGAGGAUUUUCUGUUCCUCGACGUGCAGCCGAGAAAGUUUUUCCUCCAUUGGACUAUUCUCAGCAGCCACCGGCUCAAGAGCUGGUUGCUAGGGAUCUGCAUGAUGUUGAGUGGAAGUUUAGACAUAUAUUUCGAGGACAGCCCAAAAGGCACCUACUUACUACCGGAUGGAGUGUCUUCGUCAGUGCUAAAAGGCUUGUUGCCGGAGAUUCUGUUCUUUUUAUAUGGAAUGAGAAGAACCAACUACUUUUGGGAAUACGCCGGGCCACUCGACCUCAAACUGUAAUGCCUUCAUCCGUUUUAUCAAGUGACAGUAUGCAUAUAGGACUUCUAGCGGCGGCUGCUCAUGCUGCUAAUACUAAUAGUUGUUUCACUGUUUUCUAUAACCCAAGGGCAAGCCCAUCGGAGUUUGUCAUACCUUUGUCGAAGUAUGUCAAAGCAGUGUAUCACACACGUGUUUCUGUUGGGAUGCGGUUUCGUAUGUUGUUCGAGACUGAAGAAUCAAGUGUUCGUAGAUACAUGGGUACUAUAACGGGCAUUAGUGACCUAGAUCCUGUCCGUUGGCCGAGCUCUCAUUGGAGAUCUGUUAAGGUUGGUUGGGAUGAGUCAACUGCUGGUGAGAGACAACCCCGAGUCUCGUUAUGGGAAAUUGAGCCAUUGACAUCCUUCCCCAUGUAUCCAUCUCUCUUUCCCCUCAAGCUCAAAAGACCUUGGCAUGCCGGUACAUCGUCAUUGUUAGAUAAUAUUGAUGAUGCUACAAACAACUUAAUGUGGUUGCGGGGACAAGGUGGAGAACAAGGUCUAAACUCCAUGAAUUUCCAGCCCCUUGGAACGCUUCCUUGGAUGCAGAUGAGAGUCGAUAGUAUGCUUCCGCUUCCGCUUGGAAAUCAGAAUCCGCAGUACCAAGCAAUGUUAUCGUCCAGUUUUCAAAAUUUAAGAGGCGGUGAUAUGUUGAAUUCUCAAAUGAUGCAGUUUCAACAACCAUUGCAAUUUCUCGAGCAGUCGGCCAGUCAAAUCCCGAUGUUACAGCAGCAACAACAACUAAUUCAUCCAUCAAUUGCUCACCAGAUCUUGCAAGGACAGGCACAAGAUUCCAAGGAUAACCUUCCGCAGCGUGUUCUCCCGCAGGAGUACUUCAAACAUAACGAAGGACUAGCAUUAGCAACCCAGCAGUUAUGUGGGUCUGAGCCAUUUUCACUUCCAAAUAAUGAAAUGCAAAACAGGCAGCAACUUACUAUGACGUCAUCACUCGGAAAAGCCGAUACUAGCACUGGCAAUGCCGAGCUUGGUAGUUCUACUCAAGGAAUUAGUAAUUUGUCCGACAUUUCACUAGUUAAUCAAACAAUGUUAAAUGAACAGAAUUCCCAACAUCCCUUGGUGUCGUUGAACUCGUUUACGGCCAUUAAUGCCUUUGCGGAUGCCGCCUCACUACCACCAUACCCGGGAAAAGAUACUUCCAUAGAAACAGGAAAUUGUAGCUUAGAUGUGCAGAAUCAUAAUGUAUUUGGUGCCAAUAUCGAUUCUUCGGGGCUGGCAUUACCAAUGACAAUGCCGACCACUUAUCGUACUUCAUCAAAUGAUGCUGAUCUAUGCUCUAUACCGUCAAGUACUUCCGGGUUUCACAACUCGAUGUAUGGCUGUAAUAGCUACUCUCCUGAGUUGCACAGUCAAGGGCAGGUUGACCUACUGAACCCAACAAGAACUUUUGUUAAGGUGUAUAAAUCUGGAUCAGUUGGGCGUUCGUUAGACAUCUCCCGGUUCAGCAGCUAUCAUGAGUUGCGCGAGGAGCUGGGUCAGAUGUUUGGAAUUGAGGGAAAACUCGAUAACCCUCUGAGAUCAGGCUGGCAGCUUGUGUUUGUUGACAGGGAGAACGACGUUCUUCUCCUUGGAGACGACCCUUGGGAGGCAUUUGUAUACAAUGUUUCCUAUAUUAAAAUACUUUCACCUGAAGAUGUCCAGAAGUUGGGGAAGCUAGGGACCGAGACUUACUCAUAAAAGGCGCGCUUAGAAUAUUACCGAUUGAGGUUAUGUAUAACCGACCUUGAUCGAUUUGUCAUUUACCCCCUUCAGAUUAUCAAGCAAGUGAAACGUUUUAGUAUUUUCUUUAAAACGGCAUGUUCGGAAUACCGACUCACGUUUUGGUGGGCUUCAUGCCUUAAAUUCGAAACAUCAAAUUGGGUAGCUUUUGUUCGAAUACACAUUUUACUUGUAAUAUAAGCUCUUGCAGGAUUUAUGUAGCGUUUGAAUUAGUUUUGAGUCAUUUGAUGAGAUUUUCUUGA